AUGGAUUAAAUAGCAAUAGAUUAAAAUAAAGAACAAGUUUAAAUAAAAGGAAUUUAGAAUUUGUUCUUUCCCAAUAAAAGAAACUUUCAUAUUUAUGUUGAAUUGUUGAAAUAAUGUCAAAAAAAACUAAUUGUAUGUAUGUAUCAAAUUUCACAUAAAAUAUUGGUCAAUAUUUUAAUUGACCUUUCACUGAAUGGAAGGGAUAUAUAAAUUAUAACUAAUUAAAAUAAUGAAAAUACUAAAGAGAAGUAGAUCCUUUUAAUGAUGAUUUAAAGUUCUUUAGAAAAAAUUAAAAUUGCAGUAUAUGAGAAUUAAUUUUGUUUAAUGCAUUCAAAAUAUUGUGUGAUAGAUGACUAAAUUAUAAUGACAGGUUCAGCUAAUUGGACUAAUAAUGCAUUUAGAAAAAAUGUAGAAAGUGUAGUUAUUUUGAAUAAUGAAAAAGAGGCAUAGAAGUAUGUUUUAGAAUUUGGAAAGGUUUGGAAUAAAUCCCAACUUUUAAGAUUAAAAGGGUAGAAUCUUGACUUUUUGCCAUUUUUAAAUAUGGAAUAAAUGAUGUUUGUAGGAAGAAAAAGAUAGAAGACCAAAUUCAAUAAAAUAAUUGAUUUAGAAAACAGUCAUCUAUAAGAAGAAAAUAAAGAUGAGGAAGUUAAAGAAUAAUCAGAUGAAAGUAGCUAAGAUUAUUGUUAGAAAGUUAUUUAUAUUGAUAGUAAUACUAAGAGCAAAAGAAUUAAACACAAAUUAGAUAAGGCACUAAAUUUAUAAUAUAAUGAUUUAAAGGAGGGAAAUCUAGUAAUUUAAAUAGAUUCUUCCAAUUAAUAAAAUAUAGUUUAAAUUGAUGAAAUUGAAAUUAUAUUAUGA